AUGAUAAUUGACCCCAUGCUUUUGGAGUGCGGCAUAGGUCGUCCAAAUGAGUUUGAAGAUUCUUAUAGAAAUGGUUCAAUUUAUGAUAUCGAGAGGGAAAAAAGGGCAAUACAAAAUGAUUUCAAUGAUUAUGAACCAACUGUUUUACCCUCAGACAACUACAAUAUUGACGUUGGGCCUUACAAUGAUAUCCAGAACCUUAAUGGUGUACUAUCAUGUUCAGGGAAUGAGAAGAUAGAUGCUGAGAAUGAGAUUGGUUUGGAAGAUGAUGCUUCUAAAAUUCGCAUGGAAAGGAAGGAGAAGGAGGACUUGGGUAUUUUGAAUUUUGAAGUUGUACCAGAAGAUGUCAUUCCAUACGAAGCCAGUGUGUAUGGUACCACAGACACUCCUGUUAUUCACAAAAUAGAGGACGAUGACAACGUGAAGAUCGAUCCUACUAUUCUAAGGAGAGACAAAGAGCUGUGCAAAAUGGACAAAUCAUUUCAGGAUAUGAUUCUUAAGUAUAACAAAAGCAAAGGCAGGCAGAUUGGUGCAUUUAAUUUGAAAGUAGCCCUACCACAGUCCAAGUUCAAACUUGGACUUUCCCUAUUUGACUUUAGUUUGUCGUUGCGAGACGUGUUGGUCGAUAAUGUAAUGGGACAGUUGGAGCGGUGGUACUUCAGAAGCCUUAGACCUGAAGCUGAGGUGGACAUGAAGAUUAUUGAUGCUUUUGGGUGUGUAUUAAGAUAUAGAGACAACCCUGAUGGUGUAAUAGAUGACGAUGCUCAAACUUUGAUUUUCCCAACCUAUUGGCCUGGCCUGCUAUGUUGUAAUACAAAUUUGAAUUUCCUGGAUCUUAGUGCCAAUGAAGGAUGUCGAAAACAAACAUUGGAUACUAGCCAUUAUACACUGCCAGAAAGGUUGUGCAAGCGUGUGGGACUCAGUUUAAAGAAGCUUGACGUGUUGCUUCAUACGACCAUGGGUAGUGCUUGUGUUGGUGGUCCCGUUUUUUCCCUUUUUAGUGUAGUGCCCUCUGGUCAAGUACCUCGGCAAGAUAAUGGCCAUGACUGUGGUGUUUUUGUCAUGAAGUUUAUGGAGUGGAUUAUGGACGGGGAAUCACCCCCGAAAUCCUAUAAAGUUGAGGAUGCUGCUAGACUCGACAUUGCAAUCGAUAUCUUGACCUGUGAGUCCAAUAGGCUUCGAAUGGGAGUGAAAGAUAACACAACGACUUAUUAUAAAGCUUGUUUAAGUAGCGUUGAGAAAUCCCCUGACUUAAAAGAACGGUCUUGUUAUCCUCCAAAAGCUUCGCAUGUACCUCCCAUGCUAUCAACGAAAAAGGCUAGAGACAAACACUGGUCCAAGUUGGGUAAGAGAAAGAGGAAGAACUGA